AUGUGUCUAUCUGUCAACCAUAUCGAAAGCAAUUUAAAGUAUAUACUAGACCCUACUAUUUCUCAGUGGAGAACUCCAAAUACCAGGCACAAUACUACCAUUGAUCGCACUGUAGGCCGUUCUUUACUUAAACUUUGUCCCAUGAAGAUAAUACUAACCCCUUGGGUGCUUGGGCUAUGCGUUCUACUAGUGUUACUAAGCAAUGCGAGUGGAUCAAGCGACAUUGGUAUAAGCUAUACUAGCAGUGAUGAUUCUAGUGCCAGCAUAUCAAGCGAUUCUAGUAAGGACAGCGGAGAUAGUGUAGGUAUAGAUGAGGAUGCCAUUGAUCGAUUGAAUAUGGCUGGAAAGCCCAAUAAAGCUGACGUGCCAGUGAAGAGAACAAUGUUAGAUUUAGCCACAACAAAAAGCCUGCUUAACUCUCUGUCGCCAAUCGGCCUUACAAUUAACUGCCGAAAGAAACACGUGUCUGUGUUCUUCUAUAUGCUUAGCCAAGCAGAUGAACCCGGCUUAAACAGUGACUCUGCACCAGGCACAUCUAAGCCCAUAAAACUUAGACCUCAAUAUGUAAUAGAGUGUACGGCCGCGAGUAUUGAGUUUGCAAUUCCUCGCGAACCUAACUCACUAGAGGCAUUGAGUGCAUUAAACACACUAAGAAUGAUUGCUGUCAUUAGAGUGAUCUACUCUUCGAUAGUUGAUGUUUAUGUUCAUUACUAUAGAGCUUCCCUAAAUUCUUGUCAGCUGGGCCGGCAGAUUCUAUCUCGAUUUAUUAAUAUAGUUGAUUGUAAGUAUUUGGAGUUUUGGUUUGAUGAGGAGACAGAUAUGGAGCCUGACGAUAUCCACAUGUACUUAGAUGUCUGUCGGAAAGAAGCACAAAACGCGAUUAGCCAAGCCAACUAUAAAUUUGAAUGUAAGAUCACGUGUUUAUCUUCAGGAAGUAGUCUUUCAAAUAUGUUAUCCAGCGGCAUUGUCUUACUACGACCAAUUGCAGUUAUCUAUUUGGCGGUUAGUGAUCUUCAAAACACCCAAUUAAUUAGUAGGUUAUCAUUCAAAAAGAACUACAAGCUUGGUUUGUACUUUAACUCAAUAGACGUUAAUCUCAACCUUCUCCAGCACAUGCUAGUCCAUUGUAGUCAUCUCAUCGCCAGCGGACUUGAGACAAACUUAGUUGGUUUUGAGAACUUUGUAACUAGCAACCCAACCACGGCCUUAGAAGUCACCUGGCUAUUUCUUUUGUACUUAGGCCACUACAACAUUGCUUUAGUCUGUGUUCAUACUAUUGUAGGUAUUAUAUCCUACCCACAUUAUAUCCAGCCCACGUUUCAGUCCAACCAAAAUCAGAUACCACCUGAGCCACGAGUAAUCACUACCGAAGUUAUCUUACAAAUCAGCACCAAUAUGCCCUGUAGAAGCUCUAUUUAUUAUACAUCACUCUAUACUCCAGCAGCUCUUGCUAAGCAUGGCAUCAGAACUGAUACCGUUCAAAUAAGCUAUGAAGAAUAUCGCGAUGACUUGGAAUACACUUUAAACGUACUUUGCGAUCUGAAUGCUAUCCCAAUGACUGUACUAGAUCAAGUUCAACAAAAGAACAUUAUAUGCUGUGGCGAGCAUCUCAGUGACUCCACUUGGACACUUCAAGAAACAGUCAAUAUCGAACUUAGCCAUGCCCGGCUAAAGAAGAGUCUCAAAAGGUACAUCACCAAAAUAUGUCAUAGCUUCUGUCAAAACAUGCGCUACUCAACGAUCAGAAUAACCGGAACUAUUGGACAAGCACAAUCUCAGAUACAACAUCUCAUUUACCUUCUACUUCGAUUCCAGAACCUUACUGCCGAUACUCUUACUAUUUCAAAUGUACAACCAGACAACCAUAUUAUCAGUACAUUCGACUUAAAGACUCUAAAAGACAGUUCCACAGAAAACCCCCUAUUCCAUCUCAAUGUCAAGACUCUGAUACUAGACAAUGUAGACGAAACAAUCAUCUACCGGAUAUUCAGCCGGUAUAUCUUUGCCGACCAAAUAGAAAUACACAUUCUCAAUCAGUAUUUCCAGAAUCUAGCCAUUGCCCA